AUGAAUCCUUCGAGACAUUCGGGGCAUGACGACAAAAUUUACGCGGUACGCGAUUCCUACGGAAAUCGGCCGCUUUGUAUUGGCAAGAUCGUUCCAAUCACACUCGGCCAUGGAAGGCCAGAGGAUGCACCUGCCGAGGGUUGGGUUGUGUCGAGUGAAAGCUGCGGCUUCCUCUCGAUAGGUGCUCGCUAUGUACGAGAAGUGGAGCCAGGUGAAAUUGUGGAGCUGACACGUAAUGGUUUCCGUACCGUGGAUAUUGUCGAGCGUCCCGACUACAAGAAGGUGGCAUUCUGUAUCUUCGAAUAUGUUUAUUUUGCGCGUAGCGAUUCCACUUUUGAAGGACAGAUGGUGUACUCGGCACGCCUGCAAUGUGGUAGACAAUUAGCUCUAGAAGCACCAAUUGAAGCAGAUAUUGUUAGCUCUGUACCUGAGUCGGGUACGGCGGCAGCGCAUGGCUAUGCCAGAGAGUCUGGUAUACCGUUUUCCGAGGUGCUUUGUAAAAAUCGCUAUGUCGGUCGAACGUUUAUCCAGCCUUCCACGCGGCUUCGUCAAUUAGGCGUGGCCAAGAAAUUUGGUGCACUCUCCGUUAACUGCGAAGGCAAACGAGUGGUUCUGAUUGAUGACUCAAUAGUGCGUGGCAACACCAUUGGCCCCAUCAUUAAGCUAUUGCGGGAUGCUGGUGCCAAGGAGGUCCAUGUUCGUAUCGCUAGCCCUCCGCUCAUGUACCCCUGCUAUAUGGGGAUCAAUAUACCAACAAGGGAAGAACUGAUUGCAAACAAACUGGAGCCAGACGAGUUAGCUGAGCAUGUCGCCGCUGACAGUUUGAAAUAUCUCAGCGUGGCCGGACUUAUUAAAGCUGUCGAAAGAAACAAGGCAAACACAAACCCUAUUAAAUCCGGAUAUUGCACAGCAUGCCUUACUGGAGAGUAUCCAGGUGGUCUGCCUGAGGAACUUAGCUGGUAAUUUAUAAACACGCAGGAGCAAAUAUUUUUACGUAUUUAAGUAUUUGUAGCUUAAUUAGGGUUAAAAAACAUAGAUUUAAUUUAUUUAUACCUCAGUUAAAUAAUGAAGAAGAAUACAUUAAAAAAAUUUAACACUUUUAAGAAAGCAUUAAUUGUUAUAAAUUACAUAUAAUAUAAAUUCUUAUAAACAUUUGGAGAAACUAAACUCUAAAAAAAGGA